AUGCCGUCUGCACCGCCAGCAGAGUCGUCGCCCUUCUUGCAGUUCGCCAUGGACAUCCACGGCGUCGUUGCCGGUCCGCCACCGCGAGGGGACCUCCUGCGUCGGGCGCUUCAGGUAGUGGGCAGCGCAUUGCCGCACGGUGACGAACACGAUCUGCAUGCGCUACCCCCACACCACACCCUGUACACACGCAACUCAUCAUGA